AUGGCUCAGGAGCGGCCCGCCGAAGCCCUGGAGCCCGAGGUCGUCCAGCGGCUGCUGCUCUCCUGCCUCGAGGCCAGGAACACUGCCUAUUGCCCCUACAGCCACUUCCGCGUGGGCGCCGCCCUCCUUACCAGGAACGGCAGGAUCUUCUUGGGGUGCAAUAUAGAAAAUGCCUGCUACCCACUGGGCAUCUGUGCUGAACGAACUGCCAUCCACAAGGCCGUCUCAGAAGGGUACAAGGACUUCAGGGCCAUUGCUGUUGCUACUGAUGUAAAAGAUGAUUUUACUUCGCCGUGUGGGGCCUGCAGGCAAGUUAUGAGAGAGUUUGGUACCGACUGGGCUGUCUACAUGACCAAGCCUGAUGGCACAUACCUCCUCAAGACACUCAAGGAGCUACUGCCUGCCUCCUUUGGGCCUGAGGAUCUGCAGAAGAUCAAGUGA